AUCGACGCGACUAAUGAUGUACCUAAAGACGAAUGGUGGCAUAAUUCAUAUAUUUAUCAAGUAUUUAUUAAAAGUUUCAAAGACAGUAACGGUGAUGGUGUUGGUGAUUUAAAAGGUAUUACAAGUAAGUUAGAGCAUAUUAAAAAUUUGAGCAUCUCUAUUGUAUGGAUACAACCAUUUUAUCCAAGUUCAAUGUCAGAUUCUGGAUAUGAUAUCACUGAUUUUAACGUUAUUGAUCCGUUAUUCGGUAACUUUAAUGAUUUUGAUAAACUUAUUGAAAAAGCCAAGACAUUAGGUAUGAAAAUUGUACUUGAUUUUGUGUCAAAUCAUACUUCUGAAAAGCAUCUUUGGUUCGUAAAAAGUAUUUUGCUAGAAAAAUCAUAUGAUGAUUACUAUGGAUGGUUUGAUGGGAAAGAAGUUAAUGGAAUAAUAAAACCACCUACAAAUUGGCUAAGUAUUUUUCAUGGCCCAGCUUGGACAUGGAAUGAAAAACGACAACAAUAUUACUACCGUACAUUUGCAAAAACACAACCAGAUUUGAAUUAUUGUAAUCUAAAGGUCAAUGAAGAGAUGAAAAAUGUUAUCAGAUUUUUGCUUAAAAAAGGUAUUGACGGUUUACGAAUUGAUAGUAUUCCCAUUCUUGUCGAAGGAAAUCCAAAUGAAGCGUUUCCAUUGAUAGAUCAACCAAAAAAACCAAAUACAACUUAUGACGACGAUAUUUUUUUUUCUCAAGAACCCAUUUAUAUAUAUGAUCCUACUGGAUAUUAUCCAAUAUGUCAAAGUUGGCGAAAUGUUCUUAAUGAAUAUUCUGCAAGUUCAAAAAAGUACAUUUAUUAG